GGCCCAUGCCGACCGUCCGAACCGCAUCGUCAAAAGCAAGACUUUCCCCGGACUGGAGUUCGAACGACACAUGCGACCGUCAGCUUUUCUGAUCCGGUCAUGGCAUUGCUGGAUAGGACCCUCCUCAGAUAGACGAGCCCCAAUCGACUCAGCAACGCAUGGAGAUGGCAGAGGGACACAACACCGGCCCGCUGCUGGUCGCGGUGACCAGCUCGCUGCUGGUCCUUGCUACUAUUUCCGUGGCGGCCCGUUGCUACAACCAGAUUGUCCUGCUGAAGCGAUUUCAGAUCGAGGACUGGCUCGCCGUUAUCACCUGGCUUGUCUUUGCAUUCUUCACGGCCAUUUGCUGCAUCGGAGUCCACUAUGGACUCGGCAAGCCUGUUGCUGAUGUUCCUCUAGUAGAGGAUCGUAUGAAGGCCUUGUUCUUCAAGUACAUAGGCAUGACAACGUACGUGGCAGCAUCGGGACUCAUCAAGUUUGUGGUUGGACUUUACCUCCUCAAGCUUUUCACCGCAUCGCACCAGAAGUGGCAAACGCGGUUCCUAUGGGUGCUGCUCAUCAUCGUGGGCAUCGUCAACACGGCCUACUUCUUCAUCAGCAUCUUCCAGUGCAAUCCCAUCGAGAGGUUCUGGUUGCAAUGGGACCCCGAGUGGCCCAAGCAGGGUCGCUGUCUCAAAACAUGGGCUGCGCUGUCGUCGACCUACACAGUCAACAUUGUCAACAUCAUCGCCGAUGCCGCUCUCGCCGUGCUGCCGAUAUCCUUGGUCUGGAAUUCCAAAAUGGACAAGAGGACAAAGUGGUCCGUGGUCGCCAUUCUUUCGGUCGGAUCGGCCGCCUCGAUAUGCACCGUCAUCCGCGUCCCCUACGUGUACCAGCUUCUUGCCAACAAGGAGUACCUCGCCAACUUUAUCGAGCUGGGAGUGUGGAGUGCCGUCGAGAUCGGACUGGCCAUUGUUGCGUCGUCUGCCGCCACGCUCCGGCCCUUGUUCAGGAAGCUGAAGCUCCUGCAGACUACCAUGGUACAACGCAGUCGUAACAAGUCUGGUCACUCGCGCUCUCGCAGCCUGCAAAUGUUUUCUAGGGAUAGGAAGGGCAGCACGGGCAACGCUCUGGCCGGGCACGAAGCACAACUCCCCAAGUCCGCCGGCAGCAAGGGGCUCGGCUCUUUUGGGGGCAGCACGUACGGCACCGACACUAAGAUCUCUUUCAGCCAGGCCCUGGGUAAUAAAAAGUCGUAUGCGACGCUCGAGGGUGACACCCUGAACGACCCCUCGGACGACAUUGCCAACGGCGACAACUUGCAACUCAACAGACGAUCCAGCCCCAUACAUGUGCGCACUACCAUCUCGGUCGACGUUGAAAAGGGCGAGGGUGCCGACUUCAUCUCGCCGGCAAUGCACCCCAGAUACCACUCACCCAUGCAAUCUCCGGCCAGCGACCACAGACGGACGGAUAGCGAAGAGCGGUCGAUGUGGGGGAGGAGGGAGCAGCAACCACAUCAAUUCCACAUUCCACAGACGCACCAGCGGAAAAAGACCCGGGACCACGAGCUGUCAGAUCUUGAGGAGGUCAGCAUCGAGGGCAGCCGCCCUGAGAGGCUUCCACCGCCCAGGACUCCGCGCUCGCCAUUCCCCAUGAUUUCUCCGACAUCAACACUACGGUCGCCCUCGUCGCCGUUUCUGGGCAACAUGCCUUCACCAUAUACUCCAACCUUUGCGGCUCCGUCGCCCGCGGUCAACAACAACAUCAUAAAUAUCAGCAGCAGCAGCAGCAGCAACCAUUCACCAUAUAGUCCUUCAUUUUCCCCAUCUCCGCUGUCACCCGCGGUGGAGAUCCACGCCGAGCUGCAGCAACCGCAACCAACACACCAACCCAACCAACAUACACUAAAACCUCAAAUCAGCCUGCUUCCUGUGCCUCCCGCCCGUGAGAGCGACAUGAGGAGAUUGAGCAGUCCAAUGUAGAUGUCACAAUCCUUAUUUAUCUUUUUUUAUUUUCUAUAUCUUGUUUUUCCUCCCUUUGGACUGACGCCAUCACGUCAUUUUCAUUUUGUACAAUUCCACCACAUUCACGAAAAAACCUCCUUAUUUUUUUUUCAUGUACAAGAAAAAGACCUCACUCAUGUAUGAUUGGAUUGACAUUGAUCAAACCUACGUAUGGUGUUUUUUUCUUUUAACUAAUGCACCACAUAACAUGGGGAUAUGCGGCGUUUCUUGUUGACGGAGGACGGUUAUGGAUAAUCUACGUAUACUCUCUAUUUCCAUUUUGUUGUCUAGUUUCCUAGGUACAACACAAUUUCUUACCAGUCCUGAC